CACACCUUGGUCGAAUUCCAAGGGUCAAAAUGAUGACAAGCGUGACGAGAAAGGGAGCUGUACUAGUCGCUUAAACAAAGACUAAAACGUAAUAUCGUAGCAGUGACGCCCCAGUCAGUAUGGCGGAAGGUGGACCACGUCAUCAACCGUCGUCGAUAGAAGGAGAAAGACGCCAGUCCCUGGACUCCCAGCUACUGGAAUGUCCCAUCUGUCUGGAGCAGCUGAGACAUCCCAAGUCCCUGCCCUGUCUGCAUUUGUUCUGCCAGGAAUGCCUGGGAAGUUACAUCACAAAAGAAUUGUCAGGUAAGACGGUGUCAGCGUCUUCUUUCUCCUGUCCUGUUUGCCGGAAGGUCACUGAGCCUGUGAGCCAAUCAGAAGCUAAGGAAACCUGGGCCGAACAGUUCCCAACCAAUCAUUUGGCUGUAGAAAUGAUCAAACUGUCGCAGAAGACAAGUGAGCCAACAGCAUGCAGACCUUGCGCAAAGAAAGGAAAAAUGAAUGUGCCAGUGAAAUUCUGGUGCGAACAGUACAAAACUUUCUUCUGUGCAGCUUGCAAAGUAGACCACCAUGACAUGUUUCAUGAAGAAUGCGAACCGAAGGACAUCGCGGACGUAAACAUGUCAGCCAAAAUGCGUCGAGAGGUCUCGCCUAACGAUUGUGGAAAGCAUAAUGAGAAAAUAGAGUAUUACUGCGAGGACCACCAGCUCCUUGGAUGUAGCAAAUGCAUCAUCGUCGACCACCGGAAGUGUGAAGUGGUGAUGUCGAUAGAAGAGUCGCGGGACAAACUCAGAAACAGCUCCAAGAUCGAUGAUCUAAUGGACCUGCUUCAUGAAUGCACAGAAGCCAUGGAGACGCUGAUUAAAGAUAUUGGCGAACAACUUCAGUCCAUUUCCUAUGAUCAAGACACUGCACUGAAAAGUUUAACAGAUCUUCGCCAAAACAUUGAUCGGAGGUUCGAUACGCUACAGAAAGAGCUGACGGACAAACUGAUACACACUUUAAGGACGAAAAGGCAAAUCUGGAAUUAUCGAGACAGCAAUGUGAACGGCUGAUGUUCGCUAUGCAAAACACUUUGACGUCAUCCGAAGAAGCAACAAUGACAGACGACACGGUAGGGACGAUUUGUCUGUUUCAGAGAGGGCGAGCUGAGGUCGCAUCCUGUAAGGGACUGAUACAGGAACUGGAGAAAUCGUCAGUAUCCACCACCCUGAGACAUGAGUAUGACACACAAACUUUCGACACAAACACUGAUCUUACCAUGGGGAAGAUAGUUGUUGAUAAACAACAGAGAAAUCCGCCUACAACUACCUUGAGUGUGCCAUUGUCUGAAAGACAACUGAGGAUAAUGCGAAAGUUCAAUAUCAAACUUCCUUCUGAUAAAUCAGACAGCUUUUCCUGUGGGAUUGUAUACCUACAUGGUGGCUUCAUUGUCUUAGGGGACUGGGCGAACAAAAAUAUCAAGCUAUUUACAGAAAACGGAGACUUCCUAUGUAACAUCAGUAUGGAUGGGACGCCUGUAGAUCUAUGUCAAGUUGACGACAACACAGUAGCAGUGAUGCUGCGGGAGGACACCAUAUGUAUAGUCAGUGUGGAGGACUUAAAGUUGACCCUUACAUCAACAAUUAAGUUGUCAAUGACGACUAAAGGAUGCUAUGGUAUAACAUACCGGAAUAACAGGUUUGUCGUCGGCACAGAUACAUCACUUUAUAGCGUAUCAAGAAAAUAUGGGAUAACAUCACAACUUCACACAUUAAAAACACCGUGUUUGCACCUCGCUAGCGAUCAUCAUAGUGGACACGUCUUUGCCAGUCUCCAUACAAAAAAUCCUAACGAAUCUGCCGUGACUAGACUUUCAGACGGCUCGAGCACGGACGUAAUGAAACCAGGGGUUUUGAAACUUACCACAGGAAUAGACGUAGACAUGGAACACAACGUGUACGUGUGUGGCUAUAGUUCUGACAACGUCAUACAGAUGUCUGGGGACGGGACACACGUCAGAGAACUACUGACGUCAUCAGAUGGAAUACAAAAGCCAAGGGGGAUUUCUGUAUGUGGUGACAGAGUAGUGAUCACAAACGGAUCGUCAGAUCAUGAUCAUCGGAACACUGUACACGUGUUCCGGCUUGUUUAAGUCAUACACGUGUACCGACAUACCUCUCUUUAUGACGAAGUUGCCGGCGGUAUAAGUCGUACUGAAAUUAGAAUUGCUUUUAAAAGAAGUGACAAAUAUAGAAAACACGUUGUGAAGAAAUUAUAAGUAGACCAGAAAACAAUACCAUGCCACAACACUUACAACAAUUACACUGAAGGGAAAAUCGGAACGUACACGUUAAGUCGGUUUCUCUUCAAAAGAACAACAGUAACCGGACAGAAACAAAAACAACAGGAAAACAGUAUGAUACACUAUAAGCAAGGCGAAUGGGAGUUUGACGAAGGGUAAAUGUUUCUACCUGUUACCACCAUCGUGAGUCAAGAGUCGCCCACAAUAUAGGCCGCGGUAGAUGUAUAAACUUAAUGGUUGCAGACACCGAAACUUUCAGUUAAAAUCAGAUCAAUGGCGACGAUCUUGGUUUUUCCUCUACUGUGACGGAAGGACAGAUGAAUUUUAAUCCCAGGGGCGAUCUUCACGAUGUCUAACCAGAGAGUCACACAUUCAAGAAUCUCAUCCAAAAGGUUGGGUUGUAUCUUGUCUACCCUCACCGUAUGAGUUGAUCCACUUUCUUCUGUCGUUUAAAUACUUUGUUUGAAAACCAAAUAACCAAACCAACAUAGUGAUUGGACUUUUAAACGACCGGAUUGCUGUAGUAAAAGCGUAAAAAGGACUUUCGGUUCGUAACAAAAUUGAUACCAACAACAAAAUUACGAUUAGUUAUGACUCACUAUAAAGGCUUGUCUGUAUACCAACUACGUUCUACAUCACUGGUUGGUUUACCGUCGUGUCUCAGUCUCACUAUUAGAGUUUGUCUGCAUACAAUGUAUCGUCUACAUCACUGAGUUGUUCAAUGUCGUGUCUCACUAUAAGGACUUCUCUGUGUAUAAGGUAUAGUCUACAUCACUGGGUGGUUAAGUGUCGUGUCUCACUAUAAGGGGUGUCUGUUUACAUGGUAUGGUCUACAUCACUGGGUGGUUUAGUGUCGUGUCUCACUAUAAGGGGUGUCUGUUUACAAGGUAUAGUCUACAUCACUGGGUGGUUAAGCGUCGUGUCUAACUAUAAGGUAUUGUCUGUAUACCAGGUACGGUCUACAUCACUGGGUGGUUUAGUGUCGUGUCUCACUAUAAGGGAUUGUCUGUAUACAUGGUAUGUUCUACAUCUACAAAAAUGCAAGGAACUGUCCACUUCACUGGGUGAUUUAGUUUCGUGUGGUGUUGUGUUACUCUGUGCUGUAGUGUUACCCUGUGCUGUAGUGUUACCCUGUAGUUUAGUGUUACCCUGUGGUUUAGUGUUAGCCUGUAGUUUAGUAUUUCUUGCUACCCAGCGAUGUUGUGUUAUCCCUCGGUUUUAUGUUACCCUGUGUUUUAGUGUUACUCCGCGGUUUAGUGUAACCUGUGGUUAAGUCUUACCCUAUGGUUGAGAGUAAACCAUGUUGUUUAGUGUUACCCUGUGGUUUAAUGUUACCCUGUGGUAAAGUGUUACUCUGUUAAGUGUACGCCUGUGGUUUAAUGUUACCACGUUGUUUACUGUUACCCUGUGGUGUUGUGAUACCCCUCGGUCUAGUGUUAACCUGUGGUAUUGUGUUACCCUACGGUCUAGUGUUAACCUGUGGUAUAGUGUUACCCUAAGGUCUAGUAUUAAUCUGUGGUAUAGUGUUACCCUAAGGUCUAGUGUUAACCUGUGGUAUUGUGUAACCCUACGGUCUAGUGUUAACCUGUGGUAUAGUGUUACCCUAAGUUCUAGUGUUAACCUGUGGUAUAGUGUUACCCUAAGGUCUAGUGUUAACCUGUGGUAUAGUGUUACCCUACGGUCUAGUGUUUACCUGUGGUAUGGUGUUACCCUAAGGUCUAGUGUUAACCUGUGGUAUUGUGUUACCCUAAGGUCUAGUGUUAACCUUUGGUAUAGUGUUACCCUAAGGUCUAGUGUUAACCUGUGGUAUAGUGUUACCCUAAGGUCUAGUGUUAACCUGUGGUAUUGUGUUACCCUAAGGUCUAGUGUUAACCUGUGGUAUAGUGUUACCCUACGGUCUAGUGUUAACCUGUGGUAUUGUGUUACCCUAAGGUCUAGUGUAACUUUUCACCAGUUAUCAGGUAUUGAUGUAACUUUGAUAUAAUAAAAUAAAUGACAAAUAUACUGUCAUAUAAAAAAAUGAGUGACAUAUAUACUUUCAUGCAAGUAAAUAAAUAAAUGACAUUCUUUGAUGUAAUAAAAAGUGACUAUUAUACUAUCUUGUAAUAGAAUGAGUGACUUAUAUGCUUUGAUGUCAUAAAAUAGGUGACUAAUAUACUUUCUUGUAACAAAAUAAGUGACUUAUAUACUUUGAUGUCAUUAGAUAAGUGAUUGACAUACUUUGGUGUAAUUAGAUAAGUGAUUGACAUACUUUGGUGUAAUUAGAUAAGUGACUUAUAUACUUUGAUGUAAUAUAAUAAGUGAUUGACAUACUUUGAUGUAAUUAGAUAGGUGACUAGUAUACUUUGAUGAAAUAAAGUAAGCGACUUAUAUACUUUAAUGUAAUAUUAUUAGUGAUUGACAUCCUUUGAUGUAAUAAAGUAAGUUACGAAUAUACUUAGAUGUAAUAUUAUACGUGACUAAUAUAUGUUUUGAUGUAAUAUAAUAAAUGACAUAUACUUUGAUGUGAUAAAAUAAGCGACUAUAUACUUUUGUAUUAUAUAAUAAGUGAUAGACAUACUUUGAUGUAAUACAAUAAGUGAUUGACAUACGUUGAUGUAAUAAAGUAAGUGACUGAUAUAAAUUUGGUGUAAUGAAACAAGUGACAAAUAUACUUGGAUGAAAUAAAAUAGAUGACUUAUAUACAUUGAUGUUAUAUAAUAAGCCAUUAAAUAUUUUGUUGAUACACAUUGAUGCUUUAAAAAGAGACUGAGAUAUUGGGAAGUCACUGAUAAACGUUGAUGCUAUAAGGAGAUAAGUGACUGAUAUACUUUGAUGCUAUUUUUCAUUCUAAUAAAGUGC